AUGGCUUGGUGGCUGACGAAUCGGUAUCGGGCCAUUGUGGUGGCCAUCACCUUUCUAUGCCUUACCGCCAUUAAUUCCAACUACAUCAUUAUUAAUUUCACGUUUAUUUGUAUGGAUAGCGACAUGAGCCAUGUUGUAGAGGAUGGAAAUGGCACCCUCAUCUCCCGAUACUCCUACGAUCCUUAUCAAAAAAGUUUGCUGGUAUUUGCCGUCGGAGCCGGAAGCGUUUUUGGAACCCUGCCUUUCAAUUUUGGCUUCAUCCGAUGGGGGGCAAAAUUUCCAUUCCUUUUCGCUGGUAUUUGCUCGAUGGUUGCUACAGCGGCAGUUCCACUGGCCGCUGAUCUGUCAUUUGCGGGUGUUCUGGUAUUACGGUUUAUUCAGGGAUUCGCCUACGCAGCCGAUUUCUGCGUCCUCGGCGUGAUUACGGUAAAAUGGGCGCCGCUGAACGAGAUGAGCAUUUUCAUCGCGAUCAUGACGAGUUUUGUGACGUAUUCGCCAUUUUUGACGAAUAUGGUGUCUUCAUUUUUCUGCACCUCGUGGCUGACCUGGAAAUGGUCAUUUUAUGCGCACGCCAUUUUCUCGGCCGUUUGCUUCACAGCCUGGCUUUUCUACUACGGUGACGAGCCGGCCCGGCAUUCUCGCGUAAAUCGAGAGGAAUUACUCAAGAUUCAAAAAGGCAAAACAAAAGAACACCUCGAAGCGGACCAUUUUGUACCCUACAAGGCGAUUUUAACAACCCCGACAAUGUAUGCAAUCUGGCUAAACGGAUUCGCCGAGAUCUCCACCAUCACGUUGUUGCUCACCUAUAUGCCAAUGUACCUAAAUAAAGUCCUUGGAUUUAGCAUCGCCUCCACGGGGAUGAUCUCGGCGAUGGCCGCGCUGAGCCAUGCUCCAGUGAAAUACGCUUCUGGAUGGUUCAGUGAUAAGAAUAAAACCUUCACCGAGCAUCGCAAACUGCAACUCUGCAACUUCAUGGCGGUGGGCUUCGCCGGUGUACUGUUCGUGCUUGUGGGGCUCGUAAAGACGGCCGGUGGCGGAAUUAUUGCUGUCGUUCUCAUCUUUGGCAUCUACCUGGCGAUGGGGGCAAAUUGCGGGGGGUACUGGAAGUGUGCCGCGCUCACGUCGAGGCAAUACGCAAAUUUCGUCCUCUCCGUCAACCAAUUUAUGAAGUGCAUUGCAUUGGGGACGGCGCCGGGAAGUUGGCUACUUUUUGUGAGCGAUGAAAGAGACGUUGACCAAUGGAGCUACGUGUACUACCUAAACGGCGCUAUUUUGAUUGUGGCAAACAUCGUCUUCUACUUCAUGUGCUCCGAUAAGCCGGCCGAGUUCACGAAAAUGACACGAGACAACCCAACUGGAAAACAGGAAUUUCUGAAUUCUGUUGAGAACUCGUUAAGAAGAGAAACGACAACGACAAACGGCGAGGCA